AUGGUCUACACCGCUGGCGAAGACGUUGGCCGAGGCUAUAACAGCCCAAUACCUGUAGCGGCGUACAUGCGGCAAUGUCUCACUCACCCUGAAGGCGGCUACUACACACGGCAGACGACGAGUGGACAAGACCAAUUCGGUGCCAAGGGCGACUUUGUAACAUCACCAGAGAUUAGUCAGAUAUUUGGAGAAUUAGUGGGGGUAUGGCUCUAUGCAGAAUGGCACGCGCAAGGAAGAAAAGACAAGGUCCAGAUCAUUGAGGUUGGGCCAGGUCGCGGAACACUGAUGGACGAUGUGUUGAGGACGGUUACAAGUCUCAGAGGCUUUGCACAGAGCAUUGAGACUGUUUACCUUAUCGAAGCUUCACCCUACCUACAGAAACAGCAAGGGAAGCUCCUUUCUGGGACGGAGGACUUGCAGAAGAGUGAUAUUGGCUUGACUGCGAUGUGCAAGUACAUCCCAGGAUGCAAGAUCGAAUGGUGUGAGGACAUACGGUUGCUUCCCAAGGAAGUGACACCUACGCCCUUCAUCAUCGCUCACGAAUUCUUCGACGCCCUCCCCAUCCACGUCUUCCAGAAUGUAGCCCAAUCCUCUAUCCCAGCCUCAUCAACAAUCAUAACCCCCACCGGCCCCAUCAGGCCCAAAAACGGCUCCACAAGUUCACAAAACAUAUGGCACGAACUCGUCGUCUCCCCGACCUCACCCGACAUGAACUCUGCUACCACAGGACAAGAGAAACUCGAAUUCGAACUCACCGUCUCCAAAUCACCAACACCGCAUUCGCUCUACCUCCCCAAAACGUCAAAGCGUUACAGAGCCUUGGAAAACACCCCCGAUGCCAUAAUAGAAAUAUCUCCAGAGUCAAUGUCUUACAUUGAAGACUUCGCAGAGCGGAUAGGCGGUGGUAACCCCAAGCCUCCCGCCACCCCAGCAGCAUCCUCUUCCUCCCCCACUUUACACCCCUCGACUGUGAAAACCAAACUAGAUACCCCUUAUCAAAAACCGACACCCUCAGGCGCAGCCCUAAUUCUAGACUAUGGGUCUCUCGAGACGAUCCCGGCCAAUAGCCUGCGUGGAAUCCGCAAUCACACCACUGUAUCUCCUUUUGCGGCCCCCGGCCUGGUCGACCUCUCCGCAGAUGUAGAUUUCGUAGCUCUGGCCGAUUCUGCACUUCGGGCUUCUCCUGGUGUCGAGGUCCACGGGCCCGUGGAGCAGGGCUUCUUUUUGGGGACGAUGGGGAUUAAAGAACGAGCGGAGCGCUUGAUGAAGGAAGCCAAGGACGAGGAGGCUAGGCAGAGGUUAGCGACGGGUUGGCAGAGGUUAGUUGAUCGGCAUGUGGGUAUGGGCAAGACGUACAAGGCUAUGGCUAUUGUGCCGUACAGAUCGACAGGUCGUGUGAGGAGGCCUAUUGGAUUUGGUGGAGAUAUCUUGUCAUAG